GCAGCAUUUUCCAAGCAUUUUGCUGGUAUGGUUUCUGGUUUGGAUUUUGUCAAGGCUCACCAAUAGUGAUACUUCAAGAAUAGCAAGCUGCAAUCUGUGAACGACUAGUAAUUGUCUUGUUUGCGGUCUCUCUGUCAGCGUGUUACUGGUACCCUAUUGUCUCCAUAGUUCAAAGCGAGCCUUCACUUGCAACUUGGCGAAUGAUCAUUUCUGAAACUGGAACAUGGGUGGUGAUUCAGGAUACCCAGCUACUGCAAUAGCGAUUGGAACUGAAGUCAGUGCCAAAUACCGCGGUGCUUUCUGUGAGGCGAAAGUGAAGGAUGUCAAGCCUAAUUUCAAAGUGAAGGUUACUCUGCAAGAUGGAAAGGGUGCAGUGACAGUUACCCACGAUGCUGUGCGUUCAAUGUCUCCCACCGCCAGUCCCAUCAAGAAUGGCAGCUCCGUCCAGGUACGAUGUCCCGAUGGGCAGUAUUCUGAAGGCGUUGUGGCGAAAGUCAAUGACUUCACUAUGUAUACUGUCGUGUUUGAUGAUGGCGAUAUCAAAUCACUCCGAAGAUCAGCUCUGUGUUUGAAAGGAGACAGGCACUUUAAUGAGAGUGAGACUUUAGAUCACCUGCCUCUUACAGACCCAGAGAACUUCGGUGCGCCAGUUAUGCAGUCAGCGGCUUCCAAAGUCAAACAAAGAAAACGAGGGCGCCCUUCUGUUGGGCAAGAUGACAGCGAGGAGGAGCGGCGGCAUCGCAAGCGUAGCCGCCAGCGUAGUAAAUCAGAUCAUGGCAAGGUGGUAUUAGUGGAAACUGGAAGGAGAACAAGUUUGUGUCCCGCUGUGGUUGUGCCAUCAUAUCCUGUGGACUAUGAGUUGGGGGAGGAUCAACGACUUGUUCGCCUGUUUAAGGAUGGCAAAUUCUCGGUUGUGUCUGUCGAGAACACUCGUCCUUUUGUACCAGAAUCAGCGGAGAGCCUAUCGGCUAUGCAGAGAUACCCUGGUGUGAAGGAGGCACUGCAGUAUAUCGAGACAGGCAAGCUGCCCUGGGACAUGGCGGUGCGUGAGGCCGUCCAAGGCGGUGCAAGUGAGGAGGAUCGGUCUGCUGCUACCACCGCCCAGUCGUCCAGCAAGGAUGCUUGGAUGAUGAAACUGAAGCGGGUUCUGGAAAAGAAGGGCACACCUCUUACUAAGGCCCCUACCCUUGCUCAUCGGCCGCUGGACCUUCAGUCCCUGUACAACCUAGUCAGCCAACACGGCGGCCAUGAUGAGGUCACCAGACGAAACAAAUGGCGCGACAUCUUUGGCAAGAUGAACUUUCCGCCCAGUGCGGCAGUCUCAGCGCCGAGUCUGAAGGCAUCCUACACAAGGUAUUUGUUGCCGCUGGAAGAGUCUGAAAAGGGUGUGAGGUCAGGUGGAAGGCGUUCAGCGGCUAUGGACGAAGCUGAGGCUGGAGAUGGUGAUGACGAAGGCGACGAAGCAGAAGAUGGGGAUGAUGCCACGGCCGGAGAUGAUGACGAAGGUGAAGACGAAGAAGAAGAGGAAGAGGAGGAGGAAGAGGAAGAGAACACUGCCGCACCCGCUGCCGCCGAGGAGGAAGAGCAAGAAGAAGUGGAAACCGCUGGACCAGAGGCCACUGCCGAAGAUGAAGAAGAAGAAGAAGAAGAAGAGGAGGAGGAAGAAGAGGAGAGUGACGAUGAUGACGAUAAAGCUGCUGAUGCUGACGUCGAGGACACUGAAUCGGCCAUGGGUGAAGAGGAUGAUGAAGAUGAUGGUCCGUCUGGAAAGGGAAAGUCCUCGGUCUACUAUCCCGUUGGUACCAAAAUUCGUGUCCGAUAUGGCCGCGGUCGCAAUCUCAAGCUCUAUGAAGCCAAGGUAAUUGAAAUUGAACGGGAGGGCACGGCGAUCAACCACUAUAUUCACUAUGCUGGGUGGAAUACCAGGUAUGAUGAGUGGGUUGCAGCCGACCGUAUUGUGGAGUCCAUCCCGGCCAAUCAGCGACGUGGUUCCACGAUGUCAUCUCCUUCAAAGGCAACCACACCAAGCUCCAAGUCCCGUGCUCCACGACCCAGCUCAGCCACGACAGCUGGCAGCAGCAGCAGCACUAGCGGUGGCGGGGGCUUUGCGUCAAGCACGUCGAAAGCAACGACGCCGUCUGCGGCAGGUGUCCGCUCGCCUCCCAACUCCGCCCCGGCCGGUGCACCAUCACGCUUGCGCCGUGACCGCGAGCGGCGUGGCAGUGGGCAUACCUCUUCCGAUCAGGCCACCAUACGCCCCCCACAGCGGAAGGCCCAUGCCCGUUCUGAUCUGGAAUCUCCGUACAUUUCAUCUCACUCCACUCAGGAUGACUCUGAUGACGACACUGGGCCAGCUCGUCCACCAGGACGUAGCCUAGCGUCUGGCCGUCCCGCUAUUUCAUCUGAUGACGACGCUAGCGACGGCGCAAGUGGUAGCCGGAUGCCCGGAACUGCCCCGUCCAGCCGCACGGGAAGGGUGUCAUCGUCAUCCAGCUCUCACUCAGCCGUUGUACCGGUGUCAUCAUCUGCCACUGGCAUUCUCACUGCUACUAGUGAGUCUACCACUCUGACUACUCCUAGCACAGCGGCCACUGCCGUACCAAGCACCAAAUCUGAAGCUGAACACAGUCCAGUCGCUCCUAGUAAGGAUAUCCCUGCAAGCAUGUCUCCUUCAGCCGCUCCUGCUACUGCUGUUGUUCUGCCCAAUAUUGCGCCGCAAGUCGACACGGAGGAAAAGCCUAGUGACGAGGCCGUGAGUGAUGCUGAUGCCGACAUUGAAAUGGAAGUCGAGGACACUGCUAAAGAGGAUAGUGACGGUGAAGAAGAACACGAAGAGAUUAAAGCGGAGAACGAUGAGAGCGAUGUUGAGGAUGCGGAUGAGGUCAUCAAAGACGACAUGGCUGAUGAAGACUUGCAGAGUGUGGCUGAGGAAGAUGAAUUGAAUGAAGGAGUCACUGAAACGAAAAGCACCAGUGAAAAUGAAGAUGACGAAGAGGAGGAUGAUGGCAUCGAUGCUGAUGAAGAAGGUGAUGGUGAGCUUGAUGAGGAUGAGCACGAUGCUGAUGAAGAGGAUGUUAAUGAUGAAGAGGAAAUGGAAGGGGACACUGGUGAUGACAAAGACGAUGAAGACACUGGUGAAGGAGAGGAAUUGUCAAAGGUGCCUUCGGCCAAGGUAUCUCGGAGCUCCUCCCAAUCAGCGGUGGAUACAGCAUUGGCCAGCGUCUCCAAGUCGCCUGUAUCGAUAUCACCAGGCCCUGCAAUGCCGCCAGCGCGUGAUGACAAUGUAUUUGUGCCUCACUGUGCCACUGCUUCCACUGUCCCAGUUCCCCUCAUUGAGGACAUUAGCAGCGCCGAAGACAGACCUGCCAGCCCCGCUGUUGAUGACUACCCGCAUGGCUUUGGCAUGCUUUCUGCAGCCGCUAGCCGGCAGGCGGAUUCAUACGUUACUAGCAUGCAGCACACGUCCCCGGCACAGGCAGACCCGAUUCUGACUACUGCUGCUGCUCUACCUCAGAUGGAACUAUCUUCAAAGGGGGAAUGCUCCCCUGACUCCAGCACUGGCAUUUCUGCUAACGAACCGCGGGGUACUUCUCCCACGCCUGCAGUAGAGGAAGCACGCGAGUUGGAGAGUGAGGUUGGAGAGCCUGCGAGAUCAGCACCUAUCGUCUCGCCUCAACGCCGGCUGAGCGAGCCUGUUCGCGCUGAUUCAGUGAAUGCUUUGGAAGCUGCAGCAGCGGCGGCCGCCGCUGUUGCUGCUGUAGCUGCAGCUCCUCCAGCGCCAACUCCUAUACACGGUGAUGCUCAACCAGUAGCACCAGCUCUCUCUCCUACUUUAUCGUCAUCCAGUAUACAGCUGGAGGAGGAGGACGACGAGGAUUUACCAAUGGAUACGGAACGAGUUAGUGCAUCUGCUCGUCGGCGACAUUAUUCAGCUCCGGCUGCGGCUGCAGCUGUUGCUGCUGCGACUGCAAUGGCUAGAUUGGACGAGAGCUCGUUGGAGCAGGCGCCGAGUCCGACGCCAUCCGCAGUGCAACGGGGUGCCGCUCAUGCUGGGGCUUGUGGUGGUGCCAGCUCUGCACGUGCAAGCUCCGUAUGUCAGGCUGGGCAACAACCUAUGAUUGAUAUUGAUGAUUUGCCGCCUGGCAAGAAACCGCGCUAUUGUAAUGUCAAGUGGACUAAAGACUUUGAGGGCACUACCUACACACAGCAGGAGAGAAUUGAUAUUUUAAUGGCAAGGAUGACUAAAAUACGGCGGGCUCAUGGUGACCUCAAAUCUGAAAUGGCCACCAUUGACCGAAAGAAGAAACGGCGUGCUCGGAGUAGCCAAAAAGGUAGGCGAUAUAGUACGCCACACUUUCGUUUACGCCACAGAAGCGACAUCAUCAGCCACAGCUACUGGAAAAGCAGCUCAGUCCACCAAGACCUCUUCCGAUAAGGAUGAAACACCAGCAGCAACGAGCAAAAGUGGGUCACGCGACUCACAGCCACCAGAUGAUCCGGUCGCUACUUCAAUGUCGUCAGAUGAGACAUGAAUGGUACACAAAUGUAGUAUGUGUGCGUAACGUGCAUGUACCGUGGAUGUCCUAUCCACAUAAGCCCCUGGGCUGCAUCGAAUGGAAUACUCUUGCUGCGCUAUAGUGAUGCGUUCACACAAUCAUAGAUACAGCUGUAGUGGGCUAUGUAGAGAAUUGAAUGCAAACGUUCGCAUACAUGUAGCUGCUGGUCCUUGCUCUUUCUGGACGGGUUUUCAUGGAAGGUGUAUACUAUAAAACAUCAUUGUCAGAUGCGUUGCUCUUUUAUUUUCUUCGUGCUCAUAGUUUUGUUUCUUUCUGUCUACUUGCCUGUGUUACCCAUGCGUAUUGUCACAGCGUGGGUCAUAAAAUCGCACACAACACAUGCUGCUUUAACCAGUCGCUCAUGAAACUGCACAUGCCUCAUCCAAAGUUAGCUAGUUUAGUUACUCUAUGCUAUGUAGUUUAAAAAGAAGUUAGAGACUCA